CAUCCGGGUCUCUGGUUCAGUGAGCGCUACUAGCUUCCAGCCGUACUGCAGUAGUGAGGGAAUAAGGCCAAGUCAAAAUGCAAACAUCUCUCGUGAAUAUCGUGCUGUUUUCAUCCUUGCAUGUUUUGUUGUCUUUGACGUGUUUUCACGAGGUUGUGGAGGCAGCCGGUGGAAAAGGGUUUGGCGAUCAUAUCCACUGGAGGACGCUGGAUGACGGCAAGAAGGAAGCAGAGGCCAGUGGGCUGCCAAUCAUGCUCAUCAUCCACAAGAGCUGGUGUGGAGCCUGCAAAGCACUGAAGCCCAAAUUUGCAGAGUCUAAGGAAAUCUCUGAACUUGCACACAACUUUGUGAUGGUGAAUGUGGAGGAUGACGAAGAGCCAAAAGAUGCAGCCUUCACCCCCGAUGGAGGAUACAUUCCUCGGAUUCUUUUCCUCGAUCCAAGCGGCAAAGUCCAUCCUGAAAUUACCAACAAGAAAGGCAAUCCAACCUACAAAUACUUCUACAGCAGUGCAGAACAAGUUGUGUCCGGUAUGAAGGAAGCUCAGGAGAAGCUGACAGGCGACGCCUUCAAGCAGGGUCAUGCCGGAGAUGAGCUGUGAAGAGCCCGAGACUGGCAUCAGGUUGUAAGGGCUACACUUCCUCUACCUGAGCCUGCGCUGCAGAUCAAACUGUAACACCACCCCAACAACCCAAACAAUCCUUAUUUAAACACUAACUUUAGACAGUGAGGUGCCAUCUCACUGAGCAAACCAAGCCAACCAUUAAAACGGUGCUUGAGUCUUUUUUUUGUUUGGUCCGUUUAUGUUUCUGAUCACUGUUCUCAUUCCCUGUCAUUGUUACAAAACAUGUAUCUGUAAGUAAUCAAGUGCCAUGUACUGUACUUAACUGCCUGUAGAGGAUAUAACCAAGUCAUUUUAGCCAAGUUACUCACUUUGACUCAUUAUGCAGUUGCUGGAAACAUCUGGGAAAUGCCAAGUUUUAACGGGUAAACUGCCUUGUUUUUCACAAGACAACCAUGACAUUUUCAAGAACAGAUGAGCUUAACUUUAUAGAUGACUGUUUAGUUCAGUUUAACCAGUUUUAUUUUCACCUAACAGCAUUGUACUUCUUGUUAGUCAGGAUAAAUAUUUUUAAUACCUACAGUGAUGUGCUUCCAAAGAUCCUCUACAGUCUUAACUCUACCAUGUCAAUAUCUGUGAUGCACUAUAACCUGAUUUUACUAUACACAUUCAUUUAAUCCUGCCAGUUUAUGUGCUUAUUAUUGUGUUUUCUUGUUCUGAGCCUGUUUCGCUGCUUGUAAAGUGACACUACUUGGUUCAUUUUCUUUGUUUAGCUCUUUAAUUGAAGGAUGAAAGCAUUGGUUAAGUGUCUUGAUGUAUUUUAUACAUGUACACAGCCAGGUGUGCAAAUAAAGUUUGUUCUACAGA